AUGUCUUUCACUGCUGGUAACUACUGGCUUCAACGUACUAUUACUUUGAAAAGACAAUCACGUGGAUGUCAUUAUAUUACAGAUGAAAUUAAAAAAGCUUUACCAGAAAUUAGACAAGUACAAAUGGGAAUUUUACAUCUUUUCAUUCAACAUACAUCAGCGACUUUAACGGUGAAUGAGAGUUGGGAUCCCUCUGUCAAGAAAGAUAUGGAAAUGCUACUCAAUCGCCUUGUACCUGAGUCAUUACAAUAUCAACACUCUUGUGAAGGUCCUGAUGAUAUGCCGGCGCAUGCUAAACAAGCCCUACUUGGUGGACCGAGUACCACAGUGCCUAUUACGAAUGGUGAAUUGGCUUUAGGCACUUGGCAAGGGAUAUGGCUUUGUGAACAUAGAAAUUCCGGUGGUUCACGUAAUAUAGUCGCCACUAUUCAAGGAUGUCUUCAGCAAUAGAAUCAUAUCAAUACACCGUACCACCUCUUCGUUGACUCUCUUUGUUUGAUAUUCACUCACUCACUCUCUCUUUUUAUAUCUAAAUUAUUCCUCACUUGAGCCGAGUGUUGGUUCCCCUUCAGCUAACUGCCCAUUACCGUUGUGAUAUAUCUGUC